CUUCGGCAUCCAUUUGUGCAUUUCCUGUCUGUCGAAGUGUUUGUGUCGUGUAACGCAAUAUGUUUUUACAAGAAAUGAAUAUUUGUUGCAUUGGAAUUCUAACCGCAUCAUUGUGCUUAUUUUUGGCAAACAGUGUUGAAGGUGGUCAGUAUGGACAGGGUAUUGUGAGUGGGGAUUUGACACGUAUAUUCAAAGCAAUAGAGAAAAGCGCUCAACAUCAAAGCAAAAGAUUCUCCAAAAGUAUAGGUCGUACGUUGAAUGUAUUGUUUCAUGCAUCUAAAACGGAACUUGAAGAUUCGACUCCUAAUCCUUGCGAGAUGUAUCCAUGCUUCGUCGCUGCUUCCUGUGAAGCAGAGGAAGAAAAUGUGUUUGCAAGAAAGGAUAUUUCAGCCCUGAAGAAUUUCAAGGGAAUGCCACGAGUCAUUAUGCUACAGCUCUCCAUGUUUAAACGGAGGUUCGUGUAUUAGUAAAGGAAAUGGUACCACGUGCAACUGUGUAGUUGGUUUUGAGGGAGACUCUUGUGAAAAAGAAGUUGUUCCCUGUAUAAUCGAUCCAGCAGAACAGUUUCAAGAUGGGGUAUGUGAAGCAAACACGUGUGAAGCAUCAAGCAAAGAAAUACCAAUACAAGAAACCAAUGCGUGCGAAAGACCCAUCGAUGAUAGGAGAUGCAAAUACAAACGGGAAAACGAGUGCCAAAAUUAUGGUAAAAUGAUCUGCUUCAGAAGUAAUAAUACGUGUGGCUCUCGCUGUGAAUGUGAACCUGGGUUCACAGGAAGUAAUUGUGAAAAUAUAAAAGAUAAAGAUGGAUUAACAUGUGAAAAUAAUGGGGUGAAAGAAGGAACGAAAUGUAACUGCAAGAAUACAGAUUAUACUGGCGUCCGAUGUCAGCUGCGAAAAUAUCAAAGCUACAUGCAUUUUCCACGAGUCCAUUUUUCUGGCUUGUUUAAAGCUGAUGUGCCAACUGUGAACAACUUGAUAGAGAAUUUUGAUACGGAAAAUUUCGGCGUGCACAAUGCAGAGCAAACCAACAAUGGUAAACAAGGCAGUUGGAAUCCACCAGGAAGUGGAAACUUUCGAAUAUUCAACGCAAGAGUCACACGAGUUUGUAACAGCGAAGGAAAUUGUCAUAGCAAUUCGACACAAGAUAACAUGGUUGGUGCAGAAAUAAAAGAUGGAGAUUUCCGUGCCGUGCCGAAAAUGGCCGACAUUGACGUAAUCGUUGAAGGAUUGACAACAGAAAUUUGGGGACUAGUUUUUCACGUCAGCGGUUUUUUUAAAGGGAAUUUUCAACCGACCUCCUGUCGUUAUGUCUGGAAAAAACGCAGAGUAGUGGAAAGUACUCCUGGAAGCGGUACAAAGUAUCAAAGUGUGCUCACAAAUGUUGUAUUCAGUAAUAAUUUGGACACAUCACAAUCAGAAGUAGGGAAGGAAAUGAAAAAUUUGUUAAAUAGCAAACGAGAAUUGUCAAUCUCCUUCAACCUCGACAUGUUUGAUAAAACAAUAGGGGGGCGUGAUUUUUCAUAUGGUCGAUUGGUAGGAGCCAUUGGCAUAUCAGGAGAAGAUUCGCCUCCUUAUUUUACCUUAGGACGUCUUCUAGAACCUGUUUUCUCUGACAAACAGAAUAACACGAACGUUUCGUUCACUCCUUUCACUUUUGAAAAAAGCAAAGCAAAACUUUUUAUGGACUUUGGUAAUAGUUUGCAGAUUGAUCGUGAUGGAGACAUUUUGGAAUCUUUGAUCGGGAAACUAGGGAUUGGAUAUGUAAAAACAGGUCGUUGGUUUCCAUCAUGGUUUCCAUGUUUAUGGUGUCCAGUUGAAUGGAUAGCAGAUUUGAAUGUUGAACGAUCUACAUAUGAAAAUAACUCAGGAAUUGUUGAAGUCAAUGUUGGCAGCGCGUAUUUAGACACUAUUGAAAACGUCCAAAUGGUAUUGCUUAAGAAAAACAAUGACGGCUGUCCGACAGUCUUAUUGCGAGAAGGACAAAAUGGUAUCAACAUACAGCCAUUCUCAAGAUGGACUUUGCGAGAACAGCCUAAGACUAACGUUACUGUGCAAUUGAUGAUAACACAGUAUGGAAAAUUUAAUGAUUCCGACAUUGCGACAAAUCUCAAGUUUGAAUCGUUCGACGUUUCAGGCAAGCCGAAACAUCCAAGCGGAAACAUUUCCGAAAAUGAUAUUUCUGUAAAGAAUAAUGGCAAUAAAGUGGACGUUACUCUAACGUUACCAGACCCAAAGCAUGUUCGAAAGUAUAAAGAUGGCCAGGUCUAUGCACUAUAUUAUUAUUACAUUAACAAGCCUUGCUUAGAGAACAAUGAGUCAGAAACAGAUGUGUUUUUACAACGCGCCAUCCUUGUUUUUGUAUGGGAUGUGUUCAUUCCUCCUAAAGAGACAGAAAUCACGUGGGUAUCACAUGUAAAACCAAUUUUUACGCUCUAUGCGAACCUGUUCCCUGUAAUGACGAUCAAUUUUAUGAAUUUGGGAAAUUAUUUUGAGGUAAAGAAGCACAGUCAUCGUAUAAGGAAAACCAUGAUGCUUCCAUUUGAUGAUCCAAAUUUCAUGCCAGUAACUCGUGACUUAUCACCAUGCAAAACGAAAAUGAUUGUUGAUUGGUUGAAUACAACUGAGAAACAUUAUAUCAAUCCAAAUAUCACUGAGCAACCAAUUACUAUAGAUACAUUAAAAAGAUUACUGCAGACUGCAUUACAGUUAGAGCACGCCACAAUUCCUCCUUAUCUUAGUGGUUAUUUAUCAAUCAAAAAUGGACAGAACCAAGAAGUAAAAAAUAUUCUUCGCGAUGUUUUACUUGAUGAAAUGUAUCAUUUAGCUCAAGUCUCCAAUCUAAUCAAUGCUGUAGGAGGAAGACCAAACCUACUUCAGCCAGAUUUCAUUCUCUCUUAUCCUGGAUACCUUCCAGGGGGGUGCAAUCCUCAUGUACCUAUUACCAUCAAUAAAAUAUCCCUCCACCAGAUUCAAAAUGUGUACAUGGAAAUCGAGAAGCCCUUUCACGAGCUCGAGGAAAAUGGGAUCAUGGAACUUAUUAAAGAUGUGAAUAAAACCAGGCUAGUAAAGCCUAAAACCGAUAAUGAAUGUGAGACAAAUAUGACAGAUUUGUUCAAAAAAUAUGAAAACGCAGUAACAAAUCAUAACACAAUCGGUGAAUUAUACACGGCAAUCAUAUAUGUUUUCAUGUUUCUAUCAAACUGUGGCAACGAUAGCAAAAUAUUUGACAACAAAUUGACAACUCAGCUUUCUCAAGACGACAUUUUCCCGAUUAAUUCGACUGGAAAUACAACAGAAAAAGUUGAAAAACUGUACAAAGUAACAGACUUGAAUAGUGCUCUUGAAGCUAUACACAUGAUAACAGAUCAAGGAGAAGGAGCAUCUCCAUGUAAUCCAUUGCAAGUCGAUGUUGAAAAAGAUAAACAUUUGUCACAUUAUUAUGCAUUUUCCUCCAUUGUGAACAAGCGUUACGUCAAGAAGAUAAACUUAAGCAACAUUACAGUGCGCCCAAACCAUACAGCUGAAGACAAUAAGGGUUGCCAAGGGAAUUUUGAUUAUUUGGGUAAACACUUACGAUUUUUCAAAGAAGGUGUCUGGCCGGUAGUGAAUGACCCAAAAAUGUCAAAAUACAAAAAGGAUGGUCCAGCUUACAGAUUGUCUAAGGAAUUUAAUGAAGUGUACGUCAGACUUUUGGGCUCAUUGCAAAAUGCUUUCGAUGGAAAUGUAGAAAAGUUUGAUGAAUCGUUUGGCCUUAUGAAAACUUUGAUAGUUAUUGGUGAACAUCUUGUGCAAACACCAAUCAAUGAAAAAGACGAUCCAAACGUUGGGCCAAAUGCUGGGCCUACAUACAGAAAUGAUAAUUAACUUUACAUUAGAUUACAGGUCUUGAUAAUUAACUUUACAUUAGAAUACAGGUCUUGAUAUUUAACUUUACAUUAGAAUACAGGUCUUGAUAAUUAACUUUACAUUAGAAUACAGGUCUUGAUAUUUAACUUUACAUUAGAAUACAGGUCUUGAUAAUUAACUUUAUAUUAGAAUACAGGUCUUGAUAAUUAACUUUACAUUAGAAUACAGGUCUUGAUAAUUAACUUUACAUUAGAAUACAGGUCUUGAUAAUUAACUUUACAUUAGAAUACAGGUCUUGAUAAUUAACUUUACAUUAGAGUACAAGUCUUGAUGUUAGUUUGCAAUAAAUACGGUAUGAAUUUCAUUAGUUUCCUCAGAUGUUUACAGUAAAUUUAGCUUGUAAUGCAAACAAAAACUUAGUUUUGAAAGAUACGAGAGUAUUGCAAUAAAAAUGAAUAUUGAAUAA